AUGCUCCUUAUAUAUGAUCCCGACAAACAAGGUAUCGACCCAGAGACGCUGAACCAGUAUCCAGACGCCGACCUCUCAUGGUGCUUUGAUUUCCUCCAUGCACAUGCUAGGCUCAAAGGCCCCGAUGAGAAAGAGCUGCCCGGGAUAUCAGAGAGUCAUUCUUGGUCGCUCGAGAGCUACGGAGGCUUUUCUCUGUGUAUGCAUUUCACUUUGCACAGAUUUUAUCAGCUGAGUGAACAUACUCCAACUCUACAAGAACAUCCCCUCGCAGCUGGCCUGCAGUGUAGCAGGCGCCAGAUACACACUCACUUCGCCGGCACGUUCUACGAGGACCGGACUACAAUCGUGAUCAGAAUGGUCACGACAAGAGACAAUCACGGGAGAGCCAAGGAUCCUGCAACUACAGAAGGAUUUGAGGUUGUCGGCUUCACUCUCGAUGACGGCUGGGGUCGUGGAUACCGAUGGGAAAAUGGAGACUGGAGCGAUAAGAGUCUUGUCUGUCCCGACGAGGCUCGCGGUGUAGCCGUGUUUCAACACCUGCUGUGGAAAAGAUUCAUCGAUUGGCAAGAAUCAUGGCAAACUCUGUUACAUCGUUUGAGAACCACCAUGGACAUUGAUGACCACCAUCUAGCCAGCGAUAGCAAGAUACUCGACAGCCUAAUGCGGGACGACGACGCAUCCACGAAGUCCAAACAAUAUUUCACAACCAUCAAGUUGAUGAGGACUUUCAGAAAACAUAUGGCGGCCACACCCCCGGACCUUGCAGACAUGAGGGAGCACUGGACUCGGACAUUCCCAGGGCAUACUUCAGCUAUCCCCAGCCGUUUUAGUUCAGAUACACAGCAAGCCCUGAACAAGAACUGGGACCACCUGGAGGCACACCUGGGCGAAUUACACCAUAAUCUGGAAAAGCUUAGCCGUGAGAUAGAGGCAGAGGCAAGAGAGGCUUGGCGUGAUGUAAGUGUCAGAUAG